CAGCCCCAAGUACAGCAACAGCGGCCUUCCCCAUCGUCGCUAGUAUUUGAAGACAACGGAGAUCGUCCACAGACCCAGUCAUCGGCGACUGAGAAGCACUUACUCGGCAAUGACAGUUUAGAGGGACAUUCACCGGCUCGUGGUCGUAACGAUCCAUAUGCAGAUUUUGAGCCUGUCCCUCAGGCUCCUCCACCUACGAGAAGCCGGGAUGGUCAUAUGCUGCGCGGAUUGUCGCGGCGCACCAUUUCAGGCCAGGCUCCCAUCAACGCUUCUGGCCUUGGUUGGAUAGUGCCCGUCGACGAGAAACCUCACGUUUGUCGACGAAACAUAGAAGAGCGACUUCGUCCAACUAUUCUCAAAGCGGAGAGUGAGAGGGAACGAUACGCUAACAAGGCGAAAAUGACAGGCUGGGCGUUGAACGUCGCGAUAGGUUUACAAGUUUUACUCGGGGCGCUUACUACGGGUCUUGCAGCGGCAUUGUCCGGUAAGCAGGUUAGUGGCAUGUCGACCUUAGUUGCUUCCUACCUCGCUCGCGCAAGGGGAUCAAAUGAACCAGAACUAUCUAUCACUCGGGUGAAGGACCUGGAUCAAUUCUUAAGAGACUGCCUUGCCUUCGAAAUGGACCAUGGACAUGAAUACGGAACACCUGAAAAUGGGCUGAAUGAUCGACUCGAGUAUCUCAGAAAAAGGUUCGAGGAACUUCUUGGAAACGCUGAUGGGCAGCGGAAGCUUUCCCCGCCUGUUUGAGUGUACUUCUGGAUUUCAAUUAAGGUUCAACCCCACAAACAAGACGGGUGACAAGACUAGUUUGUGAUGUGCGCCACCUUCCUAGUAAUUUAUCUACGAGCCGAUAUGUAGACCUCUCUGAAAUAGUAUUCAGCGUCACCUUGCCGUCCCGAAACACUCACGGCAGAUGGUGACUCUUGCUAAUAUCCAAAAUCUUCCAUCACCCUUAUCCACCAUACCGGAGAGGUGAUCAA